AUGUCCUUUAACUCAUUUACCGAGUCUUUAAACAAACGUUUCCAAGAACUUUCCACCCAGGUGUCGCAAAGAGCGCAGGAUGCUCAACUGGACAAGAAACUUAAGGAACUAUCAACAGCUGUUUCUCAAAGAACACAGGACUUGACUACCCAGCUGCCAUCGCUAGCUCAAUCCACGCAGCGUAUGGUGCAGGAAAAACUUGGCCAAGUGACAGACAUCUCCCAAUUGCCUCAGGAAUACGUGGAAUUAGAACAUCGUAUCGACCGCAUCAGGUUGGUUUAUGAGAAUUUUUUGAAAGUGACGCAAGUGUACGAAAAUGAAAGCUACGAUUAUCCCAACAACGUGCGGGACUCUGUUAAUGAGUUUUCUGCGGUGGUGGGUACGAAAUUGCACGAUUUGUCGCGCGCAACAUCCACUGGUGAAGCACAGUCCGUGUUGAUUUCUCCCGGACCCCACCGUGAUCCCAAAACGCUCAACUAUGCACUCAGCAAAGUGGCUCUAACUUCCAGCGAGUACCUCAGCAAGUCUGUCGGAUCUGAAGAACCGGAUUUGUCGUCCACCCUGCUCGCAUACAGCGAUGUCCAGGCCAAAAUCGCACAAGCCAGAUUGCAACAGGAUACUUUGAUCCAGACCAAGUUCAACAAGAAAUUGAGAGACACCCUUGCGAACAACUUGCAGGAAGCACAUUUGGCUCGCAAAAACGUGGAGCACAGCCGCUUGCUGUACGACAUCGCUCGCACUAACCUUGCUGCAGCGAAACCUGAAAAGGAGGCAUCUCUUAGAGUCGAAAUGGAGACACUAGAGGACGAAUUUGCUCAGGCUACUGAUGAAGCGGUCAUCAAGAUGCAAAAAGUCUCCGAAUCUUCUGCGUUUUUGAAAGAUCUUCGUGAACUAGUGUCCGCGCAGGCCGAUUACUACAAACAAUCUUCUGAACUCUUGGCUGAUUUUUUACCACAACUUGAAGAAGCUUAA